GAUACAUUUUUAAAUAUGAAAGAAGAAUUGAAUAUUCAGGAUAAAGACUCAGAAGCACUACCGAAUAUUCAAGACAAAGAGUUUGAAGAACUAUUAACGUAUAAUAGUGCAGAAGAUUUCUCCAAUGCAGAUAGUAUAUCUGAUAAAGUUGUGGAUAUAGAAGCGGAUACAGAAGAGGAUGCGAAACUUUUUGUUGUCAAAGUUUUUCAAAAUUGGAAUCAUGCUUCAAAAUUUAUGAAAAAGUACGUUGCUAUCAAGGGUCAUGGACAUAUUGGUCAUGAAUUUUAUUCAUCAGCAGUUCGAUUUGUUCCAUUAUUACGCAAAUUACCCAAGGAAGUCAUUCAAGAGAUUCAUUUUUUAACUGUUGUUGCUAAAGCAAAUGCAAUAAUUCACAAGUUUCAUCGUGAAGUGACAUCGGAUGAAGCAGACACUGGAAUUUUACUAAGAAGAUUAUAUGAUAAAAAGACGGAAGAUCCACGUUGA